UGGUCGGCCCGGCAGAGGCCCGCUGGGAGCCGGGAAAGAGCAUGCGCGGAAGCUCGGUAGAGCGCGGGGCGGUGGCGGGGCUUCUCGACCAUGGCGGAGAGGCUGGGCGAAGACGAGGAUCCUGGUCCCAACCCGUCGGUGCUGUUCUUGCACCCGGACCUGGGCGUGGGCGGCGCCGAGCGGCUGGUGCUAGACGCGGCGCUGGCCCUGCAGGCGCGCGGAUGUAGCGUCAAGGUCUGGACGGCGCACUACGAUCCCAGCCACAGCUUCGCGGACAGUCGCGAGCUGCAGGUGCACUGCGCCGGGGACUGGCUCCCGCGCAGCCUGGGCUGGGGAGGCCGCGGGGCCGCGGUCUGCGCUUACGUGCGCAUGAUCUUCCUGGCGCUCUACGUGCUGUUCCUCGGCGAUGAAGAGUUCGACGUGGUCGUGUGCGACCAGGUGUCUGCCUGCAUCCCGGUGCUCAAGCUGGCCAGACGGCGCAAGAAAAUCCUGUUUUAUUGUCACUUCCCAGAUCUGCUUCUCACCAGGAGAGAUUCUUUUCUGAAACGCUUGUACAGGGCGCCUAUUGACUGGGUAGAGGAAUACACCACGGGCAUGGCGGACUGCAUCUUGGUCAAUAGCCGGUUUACAGCUGCUGUUUUUAAGGAAACAUUCAAGUCCCUGUCUCACAUAGACCCCCAUGUCCUCUACCCAUCUCUGAAUGUCACUAGCUUUGACUCCGCUGUUCCUGAGAAGCUCGAUGACCUUGUCCCCAAGGGGAAGAAAUACCUGUUCCUCUCCAUCAACAGAUAUGAAAGGAAGAAAAAUCUGACUUUGGCACUGGAAGCCCUAGGAGAACUGCGUGGAAGGUUGACAUCCCAGGAUUGGGACAAGGUUCAUCUAAUCAUGGCCGGUGGUUAUGACGAAAGAGUCCUGGAGAAUGUGGAACACUAUCAGGAAUUGAAGGAAAUGGUCCGACAGUCCGACCUUGGACAGUGUGUGACCUUCCUGCGGUCUUUCUCAGACACACAGAAAAUUGCACUUCUCCACGGCUGUACCUGUGUGCUUUACACACCGAGCAAUGAACACUUCGGCAUCGUCCCUUUGGAGGCCAUGUACAUGCAGUGCCCAGUCAUUGCUGUGAAUUCAGGUGGGCCCCUGGAGUCCAUCGUCCACGGCGUCACAGGGUUUCUAUGUGAACCUGACCCAGUAUGCUUCUCAGAAGCGAUGGAAAAGUUCAUCCAUGAACCUUCCUUAAAAGCCACAAUGGGACUGGCUGGGAGAGCCAGGGUGAAGGAAAAGUUCUCCUCUGCAGCUUUUACAGAACAGCUCUACCAGUACGUCGCCAAACUGCUGGUAUAAUCCAACUUUUUUUAAAGGCCUUUAUGCUAUAUUUGUUAGUAUCAUUUUUUAUAGAUUGUAGACUCAUUUUUGAAACUGAAAAAGAAACCUAAAAUCUAUUGCAGAAGAGAUUAAAAGAAAAAUGCACUUGAAUCUUGAAUCUGAACCACUUCCCCAUGCACCGCUCCUUUUCAUCUACUUUUGAAGAAAAAUGGAAUAUCUUUUAUUCUGUAACUAUUCCAUGUCUUACCAGUGUUAAGAUAUAAAAAUGGUAGAAUUCCACAUUCAUCAAAAGAUUUCAAUUAUAAUUCUCUAGAUUAUUGUUGCUUUGCCUGUAAGUUUUGAGUUAUAGUGUGCCUUGGUACACUAUAGUUUAACUGUAUCAUCAUUAAAGUUGAUUAAUUUAGGUUCAUAGCAUAAUGAAAACAGGAUCGCUGUAGUUCCCAAAAUCAGUGCAUUCACUAUCCUGUGUUAGUAAAUUUUUGCUAGUCAUACCUUCUCCGGGACCCAUAGCAAGGAUGUUCUAUACUUUUUUACAAAGAUGAUUUAUUAUAUUUUUGCACACUGAGAUGUGACAGUAAAAUAUGUUUGUCAUAGGAAAA